GUGGAUUGUUGCAAUAAUAAUAAAAUUAAAAACACCGUCAUGUAGAAACACCGAUUUCACUGGUGUUGCAAGAUUUUUUUGAGGGAAUUUGACAUUUGGAGAGCAGAAUUAAGUUUUUGCAGUGAUAUUUUGUUAUUGUUUAUUACAUUUUCUGUAUAAUUACUGAAUAUUUGGAAGUUUACUAGGCCUGGCUAAUUCUCGAGUUGCUCUAUCAGUCCCUAACCAAAAUGUCCAUGUAUGUAUGUUUACCGAACAUUUGUUUGUGUGUGAGAGUAAGCUUGUGAAUGUCAGACGAGGAACAGGUGGCCUCAGAGACGCAGGUGCUCACGGCAGAGUUUAAAGAUGGUCAACUUGAAAUCGUGGAGGUGACUCCAUUUGACAAUAAUGAGACUAACACAGUGGAAACUAUCCUCCCCGACAUGGCCACCUUGUCGGAGAGCAGUGAAGACCAGGAGCCUAAGUACCAGAUCCUCACGGACUCCGCCCGGGGUCUGAUGCACUUGGACCUCUUAAACCUGACCCUUGUCAAGUGUGGUGACGGCGAGGAGUCAUACCGUUUAGUGACCAAUCAGGAGGCCGAAGGAGAGCUAGGAGAAACCGUCACAUGUGUCCUGCAGUCCAGUGAUGGCGAGGGUGAAGACGCGCAAAACGCCUACGUCGGCAAAAAGCAAGUAUACAUAACCAGAGAAGAUCACGACGAAUACGUCAUGGUCAACGGGGAGGACGGGCCGGUCGUCAUACUCAAAUCAUCGCUAGAGGGCGUUGAGGAAACUGAGACGCCACCGUCGAAGACUGAGAAGCCAGUUAAGGUACAGAUCACUUAUUUAACUCGUCAUUAUUAUGAACAAGAUCACGUCAUGGUCAACGGGGAAGACAGGCCGGUCGUCAUACUCAAAUCAUCGCUAGGAGGCGUUGAGGAAACUGAAACGCCACCGGCGAAGACUGAGAAGCCAGUUAAGAAGCAACUAACAGCUGUGGAGUUACUAGAAAAAGCGAAAGCCCUUCAAAAGGCCAAGGCACAAAUGGUAACCCAAAAGCGUGGUCGCAAGCGCCGCGGUACCCUCCCCCCGCCGCACGAGCUGCUAUCGUCUCCCAAUUUUAAGCUGUUCCUGUAUUCGUGCAAGCUGUGCGCUUUCAAGUGUAACGCUAUAAAGGAGCUAACAGCACAUAAGGCGGCGGAGCACGGGCCGGGCGGCGCGCGGCUGAAGGGCGCGCGCGCGGCGGCCACCACGCUGCAGUGCGCGCGCUGCCCCUUCCGCGGCGGCUCGCACUCGCAGUUAAUGAAACACGUGCAGGAGCAACAUUUAAAAGACACAAAUGCGGAAGUAUACUUGAAUUCAGCGGAAGCGGAAGCAGCGGAUGUCCUGGUCUGUGGCGCGUGCGGGUUCGAGUCCGCGUCGAGGCCCGAAUUCCGGCGCCAUAUUGAAGACAAACACAAUGUCAACGUCAGUUGAGACCUCUAACUAUUGUUACUGCUCUUAUUAAGCGUUUUAUCAACGUCAAGUAGGAUUUUGAGUCUUAGGACCAUGUUAUAAGUUUCGAUUUUGAUUGAACUUAUGAGGAGAGCGUUUCUUUUAUUUUUUGCCAUUUUUAUAUAUCAUGAUCUUUUUUGCCACUUUUGUGUUAUUUCUACUCAGAAUCACGAGUUCUUUCGAUCCUAAUGGGAUGAAAAAUGUCCCAGAGUUUUUUUCAUAUUGUGUUACCAUUUCCCCAUAUACUUUGU